AGCUUUGUUGUGUGUGGUCCUUGGGGUCACAGAGUGCAGACUGUAGAGGCUGAGGGUGGGGACUGCAGAACAAAACCUAAGAUCUGAAUCAUUUUACAUAAAGCGGCCAAUUUGUUCAGUGCAAAUGCACACUUCCCUCAUUGGCUUCUGGGAAUAGCUCAUGGUCCAAAGGUGGCUGUGUUCCAAUGAAAGGAAGCCAAGAUGGGGUGCAGGGAAAGGAGGAAAGAACAGCACUUUAGAUUCACAUGUUCAAGUGGAAUUGAGAAGCACUUGGAGAGUUUUUGAUGACCAGCAAGUACACCAAGGAAGAGUGGAAAUGUACCAAAAGUUCAUCAUCCUGUUUCCUGUAUUGUGGCUGUUGGCACUUGGCUCUAUCAGGAUUCAAGAUCAGAAGGAUGAAGAUAGCAAAGAUUUUCCAGAAAAUUCAUCUGAAAUGCUCAACCCUGAGCACAAUUCCUUGACUCCAGCCUGCCCUAAAAAAUGUAGCUGCUUUCAGGAAGGAAUUGUAGAUUGUGGAGGCUUUUCUCUGAAAGAAUUUCCCAUUGAUAUACCAGAACUGACCAGCCACCUUUCCUUGCAGAACAACCAGAUAGAAGAAAUUUUUCCAGAAGAGCUUGCACGUCUUUACAAUCUUGAAACGCUCAACUUACAAAACAACAGACUCACUUCCAAAGGACUUCCAGAAGAAGCAUUUGAGCAACUGGAAAAUCUGAAUUAUUUGUACCUUGCAAAUAAUCAGCUCACGGUGGCUCCAAAAUUCCUUCCAAGUACCUUGAUCAGUGCAGACUUUGCUGCCAAUAAUCUCACUAAGAUUUAUGAGCUCACAUUUGGACAGAAGCCAAACCUGAGGUCAGUAUACCUCCAUAACAACAAACUUGAAGAUUCUGGGUUACCAGAAAGCAUGUUCAAUGGGUCCAGCAAUGUGGAAGUAUUGAUUAUGUCUAGCAAUUUCUUAAAAUAUGUUCCAAAGAAUCUACCACAAGCAUUAUAUAAACUACACCUAAAGAACAACAAGUUGGAGAAGAUUCCCAAAGGAGCCUUUAGUGAACUCUCAGGACUUCGAGAACUAUAUCUGCAGAAUAACAAAUUAACAAAUGAGGGAAUGGACAAUGAAACCUUCUGGAAACUUUCAAGCCUUGAGUACCUGGAUUUGUCCAGCAAUAAUCUUUCCCACAUCCCAAGUGGCUUGCCUCGAAACAUUGUCCUUCUCCACUUAGAGAAGAAUGCAAUCAAAGCAAUUUGCAGAGAUGUUUUGACCCAGAUUAAGAAUAUGGAAUACUUAUUGCUUCACAAUAACAAACUGAAGGCCAGUGGGAUUGAUCCACUAGCAUUUCAUGGUCUGAAGAAGUUGCACACUGUCCACUUGUACAACAAUCAGCUUGAGCGGAUUCCCAGUGGGCUGCCCAGACGAGUGAAAACUCUGAUGCUUCUUCACAAUCAGAUCUCAGAAAUUAACAGGAAUGAUUUUGCUUACACAUAUUUUAUGGAGGACCUAAACCUGAGCUAUAAUAAAAUAACCAGCUCAAAGAUUCAUCGGGAGGCCUUCCGCAAGCUGAGGCUGCUUAAGUCCUUGGAUCUUUCAGGCAAUAACCUCCACACCUUGCCUUAUGGCUUCCCAAAGAACCUGCACAGUCUUAAACUGAAAGUAAAUGAGAUCAGCUCCAUUCCUAGGGGGAGCCUAUCAGGAAUGUCAAAGCUACAGGAGCUCUACCUCAGCAACAACAAGCUACAAGUUAGCUCGCUUCACAGUGAAUCAUGGAUUGACCUCACCAGUCUCAAGAUAUUAGACAUGGCUGGCAAUCAACUGACUGCUAUUCCAUCUGAUUUACCUGAAUCUCUAGAAUAUCUGUACCUUCAGAACAACAAAAUCACUACAGUGCCAGAGGAUGCCUUUGAUUCCACACCCAACAUAAAGGGAAUUUAUCUCAGGUUUAACAAGAUUGCAUUCAGUGCAGUAAAAGAAAGCACAUUCCAAAGACUGAAGCAUCUACAAGUGCUGGAUAUUGAAGGAAACUUUGAAUUCAGUGAUCCUCUGAAGAAUGGGGAUGAUUCAGAUGAAGAAAUGGAAGAAGAUGAAGAAGAGGGAGAACAGGAUUUGGAGAAAUAAUGAAGACAGACAUUGACUGAAUCAAACAUAUCACAUGGAAGUCAUGCAGCAAGUGACAUGUAUCUCUGUGUUCGUGUAUCGACAUAUACCUGUAUCUUUCUAGAUAUACAGAGAGUACUUAGGAGAAAGUACAGUGAAUUACAUGCAGGUGGUUGGCUCCAGUGAUGCUUGGCCAGGCCAGUUGUUGAAGACAGUCUGCUAAUGCUGGGGAAGCCCCAAGCACCAUUCCAAAUCUACUUCAUCUUCUCUAAGAACUUCCUGGAUUAUAAGGGAUGGAGUGAGGGACAUGCAAAAGCUGGCUUUUGUUUCCCUUCUUGCAUUUCCCUGUUCUGACCUGUAAAAAAG